AUGCUUCUAAAGCUCGGAAACCUUUUUUAUGCGGCUCUAAAGUUGGAUAUGAAUAAAGCUUAUGAUAGAGUGCGCUGGGAUUUUUUAAGUCAGGUUUUACGGGCUUUUGGUUUUCCGCCUUAUUCGGUUCAUAUUAUUGAGCAGUGUGUUACAACUGUCUCGUACCAGGUUCUUGUGAAUGGGAGUCUUACACCGUCCUUUCGACCACAAUGUGGUCUUAGACAAGGUGAUCCUCUGUCACCAUAUCUAUUUGUUUUGUGUAUGGAGAUGUUGUCGACCUCUCUUAGGCGGGCGGAAGAACAGGCUUUGUUUUCUGGUAUUCGUGUGUCUAGGGGCGGACCUUCGAUUUCCCAUCUGUUCUUUGCAGAUGAUUCGCUGUUAUUUUUCCAACUUUCGCCCCAAGCGUGUGACAAUGUCAUGGCCAUUCUUUCGGAUUUUUGCUCUGCUUCGGGUCAGAUGAUUAAUCUUCAGAAGUCCUUUGUCAAGUUCAGCCCAAAUACCCCUCAAGACUACCGUGAUUUUUUAGCUCGCAGUCUUCGACUACAAUCGAAGGCUUCUUUUGGUACUCAUCUAGGUCUUCCUGUUGACCUUGGAAGGAGUAAAGUCGCGGAAUUCAGGUUUCUAAUUGACAAGGUUGCUAGCCGGUUGUCUGCUUUUGCUUCUCUUCGCUUGUUAGCAGCAGCGAAACUGGCUAUCAUAAAUUCGGUUUUGAUAGCAUCGUUUAAUCAUAUCUUGUCGGUUUUCAAGAUUCCGUCUUCUGUAGCUUCUCAACUUGAUAGCAUGCUUGCCAACUUUUGGUGGAGAUCGUCUGGUUCUCGGAAGGGUUUGGCGUUGCGCUCAGUGUCUCUUCUUCAUUUACCAAAAGGGUGGAGGAUGAUUCGAAAUCCUCAACUUUUGGUUUCUAGACUCAUGUUUUUGAAGUACUCCUCUCUGCCAGUCAAUCCGGGAGCUCGGAUUUCUCGCCCCUCUUGGGGCUGUCGUGGGUUGCAGAUGGCUCUUUCGACUGUUUCUUCUGGUGUACGUUGGAAAGUGGGUAGAGGUGACAAGGUGUCCUCCUUUGGGUCCUUGCCUAUUCCCUGGUGGAAGAAAUUUUGGGCGCUCCCCCUUCUUCCUAAAUGGAAGAUCUUUGGCUGGAAAAUAAUUCAUGCUGGUAUUCCGGUUGCCUCAGCUCUAGCUGUUCGCGGCGUUUCCGUGGAUUCGACUUGCUGCUUUUGUCGAAGGGAGCAGGAGACGAUCAACCAUUUGUUUCGAGACUGUGAUUUCGUUACUCCUUUAUGGGUUCGCAGCUCGUUUCAUUUCAAUAGUCAGGGUCUUCUUCAUCUUCCCUUUCUCCAAUGGUUUUCUGUUAUGGUCUCGUUGUUAGCGGCUGCUAAGGAUUGGGAGAACUUGGUGCAAUUUUUCUCCCUUCUUUGGGCUAUAUGGUUGUCCCGUAAUAAUGUACGUUUUCGGCAACAAGCUGUCUCUCCGGAUGAUGUUUUGCUUCUUGCUUCUCAGUGGAAUGUGCGAGGGAGGCAGGCUCAGGAUUCUCACCUUCCUUCUUCUACUUUGGGUCCUAGCCCUAGGCCUGUUGGUUCGAGAUUUGCUGCCACUCUUGCUGGGGACCCUACGUUGGGGUUUAAUAUUUGUUUGAUUUGCGACGGGUCUUGGUCAUCCUCGGAUAAUUCGGCAGGUGCUGGUUGGGUUCUUCGUGAUUGUGGUUCUCCUUCAGUCCGAGGAGGAGGGGCUCGUGCUUCUUUCUCUUCUUCAGCCUUACAGUCUGAGUUACAAGCUUGUUUUUGGGGGUUACGCAAUGCUUUUUCUCGUGGUUUUCGUAGGAUUCUUAUUUACUCGGACUGUGAGCCUCUGUGUCGGAUGUUAGGCCAACAACAGAAAGAUGAGGUUUCUUUAUACUGGUUACUUCGGGAUACUCGGGUUCUUUUGUCUACCUGUGCGGCUUGUAAAAUUCUUAAGGUUCCUAGGGAAUGGGUGUCUCCUGUACACUGGUUGGCUGGAAAGGCUCGUGCUCGGGAGUGUUUUUUUGCCAUCAAAGGUCCAACACUUUUGAGUUAUUUUGUCAACAUCAUCCAUAUUUCUUAA